UUUACAAUAAUUGCUUCAAGAAAUUACAAGAAAGUUGAGUUCUUAGCCUUACUAGUUUGACUGACCCCAUUGCUACAAUAAGUGUAAAAAAGAUCACUUUUUUAAUUCUUGAUUUGCUAGAAAGUCUGUCAAGAAUCAAAAUAUGGAGAAAACCAAUUUCACAACAUUUCUUGGUUUUCUAUUAGCAUUACUAUUUAGCAGAAUUUGUGUGUGUUGUGCUUCAGAGAGUGAUGUUUAUUGCUUGAAAUCAAUAAAAGAUUCAUUACAUGACCCUUUCAAUUCUUUGGGCUCUUGGGAUUUCAGUGAUGCUACUGAAGGCUUCAUCUGUUUUUUUGUUGGAAUCAAUUGCUGGCAUGUUGAUGAGAAUAAGGUACUGAGCAUCACACUUUCAGGCUUUGGAUUAAUAGGUGAGUUUCCUCGUGGCAUUCGAAAUUGUACAAGCUUGACAAGUUUAGAUCUUUCAGGGAAUAGCUUGUAUGGAACUAUCCCUUCUGAUAUUUCAGCUAUAGUUGAACAUGUUACAAUACUUGAUCUCUCAAAUAACACGUUUUCGGGCUAUAUACCAUCUGAUAUAGCUAAUUGUCAAUACCUUAAUGGUUUAAAGUUGGAUAAUAAUUAUCUAGAAGGUGAAGUUCCAGCCAGAAUAGGCUAUUUGCCUCGCCUUAAGACGUUCAGUGUAGCUAACAAUUACUUGGCUGGCCCAGUGCCAUUGAUUUUUGGAGAAGGUUUCGGAGUUGAGAGUUUUGAAAACAAUCCAGAGCUUUGUGGGAAGCCUUUGAAAGGAUGUGAGAAUUCUUGGAUAUGGAAACAUGUAGAUCGUGCUUCGUUCAUCAAAGCGUUUGUGAUUGGUUGGGUACUUUUGUUUACAUUGGUUUUAGUCUUUUGCUUAUUUAUAUUACCUACCAAGGCUAUCAACAAGAUAGUCUCAUUGAACAUAUGGAAGCUAAGGAAAAAGGAACAUUUAACUUUAGGAAGGGAAGAGGAAUUAAGCAGCCAACAUAAGAUGUUAAAGCUGGAGAAGUUUGUUACGAGAAUGAGCUUCACGGAGCUAGAAAACGCGACUUCUGGUUUUAGUGAAGACUAUUUAGUAGGAAAUGGAAUGCUGGGCAAAGUGUACAAGGCAAUUCUUCCAAAUGGCUGGAUACUUGCCAUCAAGAAGCUCAAUGACUGGGAGAAUUUGGAAGACGAGUUCGUCUCGGAGAUUACAACUCUUGGUGGUCUGAGGCAUAGGAAUCUGUUGCCUCUGAUAGGUUUCUGUGCUGAAAAGCAAGAAAGACUUCUUGUUUACAAAUACAUGAGUAAUGGAAGUCUUGAUGAAUGGCUGCACUCGAAUGAAGUUAAGGCGAAAAUUUUGGAUUUCCCUCGGAGAGCUAAAAUUGCACUUGGAAUAGCGAAAGGCCUGGCUUGGCUUCAUCAUGGUUACGAAUUGCACGUUACACAUGGAAGCAUAAGCACGCGAUGUAUCUUGCUAGAUCAGAAUCUUGAACCAAAAAUAUCCAACUUUUGGGAAGCAAAAUUUUGGAGUAAGAAUGAUUCUGCAUUAAGUUGGAGUCUUUUUCCAGUAGCUGAAUAUUCAGGUUUAGGCUCUUACAAGCAAGACAUCUACUGUUUUGGUGUCGUGCUUCUCGAGCUGGUAACAGGGAAGGAACCACAUGAACUGACCAGCUCAAGAAAUCUAUUCGAUCACUCGCCUUGUCUACUUGAUGCAGAUAGAGAUUUGCUUGGGAAAGGAGCUGAUGAUUUAAUCCUCCAAUUUCUUGAAUUGGCUUGUGACUGUGUCAAGUUCUUUCCUAAUGAAAGGCCAACAAUGCUGGAAGUGUAUGACAGACUCAAGAAUAUUUCUCAAGGUCGAAGGGACUGGAUACAGAAGAUACCAUUAUUAACCGAUAUUUCAAGUAAAUAUGACUAGUGCUAUUGUUUUUAUGGUUACUGAGAAAAACAAAUUAGAAAUACACUAUAUUAAAGCAUGAAAUCCGUGCCUCGAGUCUGUAUGCUGAUAGCUUCUGUUCUAACUGUAAUAUAUAUGAAUCCGUUGAAGUCAA